ACUUCCGGCCUCCGCCGUGCGCUUCCGGGUGAUGGCGGCCAGGUGCCCCGGAUGCAGCCCUGGUGAAAGCAUCUCUCCUUUUCUUCCCCUGCCUUCCCCCAGCUCCCCAGCUUUCCCCCCAUCAGGUUAAGGGAAGCCCCCUGGCCCGUCAUGCCAAAGCGGAAAGUGACCUUCCAGGGUGUGGGAGACGAGGAUGAGGAUGACGUCAGUGUUCCCAAGAAGAAGCUGGUGGACCCCGUGACUGGGGCCGGGGGUCCCGGGAGCCGCUUCAAAGGCAAGCACUCCUUGGACAGCGAUGAAGAAGAUGACGAUGACGAGGGAUCCAGCAAGUAUGACAUCCUGGCCUCAGAGGAUGUGGAAGGUCAGGAAGCAGCCACGCUCCCCAGUGAGGGAGGGGUGCGCAUCACUCCCUUCAACCUGCAGGAGGAGAUGGAGGAAGGCCACUUUGAUGCCGACGGCAACUACUUCCUGAACCGGGACGCUCAGAUCCGAGACAGCUGGCUGGACAAUAUUGACUGGGUGAAGAUCAGGGAGCGGCCCCCGGAUCAGCACCGGGCUUCAGACUCGGAGGAGGAGGACAGCCUGGGCCAGACACCGCUGAGCGCCCAAGCCCUCCUCGAGGGGCUUCUGGAGCUGCUCCUGCCCAGGGAGACAGUGGCUGGGGCACUGAGGAGGCUGGGGGCCCGAGGAGGGGCCAAAGGGAACAGCAAGGGGCCCGGGCGGCCCAGUUCCCCCCAGCGCCUGGACCGGCUGUCUGGGUUGGCUGACCAGAUGGUGGCCCGGGGCAACCUUGGCGUUUACCAGGAAACUCGCGAGCGCCUGGCCAUGCGGCUGAAGGGGUUGGGGUGUCGGACCCAGGGGGCCCAGGACUCCACGCCCCCGCCCUCCCUGGACAUGUUUGCAGAGGAGGUAGCCGAGGGGGAGCUGGAGACCCCGACCCCUCCCCAGAGAGGAGAGGCAGAGUCGGCGGGCGACGGCCUGGUGGAUGUGAUGUGGGAAUAUAAGUGGGAGAACACCGGGGAGGCCGAGCUCUACGGACCCUUCACCAGCGCCCAGAUGCAGACCUGGGUGAGCGAAGGCUACUUCCCAGACGGAGUCUACUGCCGGAAGCUGGAUCCCCCGGGCGGUCAGUUCUACAACUCCAAACGCAUCGACUUCGACCUCUACACCUGAGCCUGCGGAGGGCCCAGUUGGGCGCCCCCCUCACCCACCUCCCCUGUUCUCUGCUGGACUUUGGGGAGCCGGCCCCCAGCUGCCUCGGGCAGGGAGAAGAUUGGAGGCCACUUUUCAGUUUCUGUUUUUCCCAAUAAAAUGCCUUUAGUGGUGUGCGAGGGCCUCGGCUGUGCUGACGGCCAGGAGCCGGGGGCCGUCUCCACAGCCCCUUCAGACCUGCCUCAGUUGUUACGUG